GUGCCUCAGUGUGUGAGGGAAGGACGCCCGCCGGCGGCGCCAUGGUGAGCCUGAAGCUGCAGAAGCGGCUCGCCGCGAGCGUGCUCAAGGUGGGGGAGAGGAAAGUAUGGCUGGACCCCAACGAAGUCAACGAGAUCUCCAUGGCCAACUCCAGGCAGAAUAUCCGCAAGUUGAUUAAGGACGGCUUUGUCAUCCGCAAGCCCCAGAAGAUCCACUCGCGUGACCGUGCACGCCGCGCGCUGGAGGCCAAGAGGAAGGGUCGCCACACAGGCUACGGCAAGCGGCGGGGGACGCGGGAGGCGCGGUUGCCGACCAAGGUGCUGUGGCUGCGGCGGCUGCGCGUGCUGCGGCGGUUGCUGCGCAAGUACCGCGAGGCCAAGAAGAUUGACCGCCACAUGUACCACGACAUGUACAUGCGGUGCAAGGGGAACGUGUACAAGAACAAGCGCGUGCUCAUGGAGGCCAUCCACAAGUCCAAGGCCGAGAAGGCGCGCGAGAAGACGCUGACCGACCAGUUUGAGGCGCGCCGCGCCAAGAACAAGGCGUCCCGCGAGCGCAAGAUUGCGCGCCGCGAGGACCGUCUCGCCCAGGGGGUCCAGGAUACCGCGGCAGAGGCGGAGCCACAGCCGGCGGACACCCCGGCUGAGGUUCCGGAGAAGAAGGAGAAGAAGGCCAAGAAGGAGAAGAAGUAGGCAUGAAAGAGCCUUCCAAUGAACUUCGCAAUCCGGCCUUGUACAUUAUCUCGCUUGGACUGUUUGGGUGGUUUCCAAGUCUACCUCGCGCUUGAGCUCAUGCCCGCCUCUAAGGGUUGCGUUGUGCAUCAUAGUCCCUUUGGUGUAAACGUCAGAUCGAGCAACUUUUCAGCUAUGUGAACUGCCCCAUGCAUGCAAGAAGGUCCGU